AUAAAAUGUAAAUAUGAAAUCGUGAAGCACGGGGCACCCCUCCCUUAUCAGUAUAAACAGUAGCAAAAACACUUCUGUGGUGCAAAUCGACACUUGCAAAAACCCCUUUCCUACCCCCCACUUCCUCAAAUCAAAACAAGAAAUCGAAAACGCAGAAACAGAAAUGGAGAACACAAAACCCACUGAAAUCAGCAGCACCAAAAUGUUCGAAGGAUUCAACAAAAGAUACAAACAUCAUUCUCCCACCUUGAAUUGCUCCAUGAACUUCCACAUUUACUUCCCCCCCUCCACUUCCCCAUCCCAAAAAUUCCCCGUGCUGUACUGGCUCUCUGGGCUAACUUGCACCGAUGAAAACUUCAUAAUCAAGUCCGGUGCACAGCGGGUUGCUUCCACCGAAGGCAUUGCUUUGGUUGUUCCAGAUACGUCUCCAAGAGGCCUGAAUGUGGAGGGUGAAGCAGACAGCUAUGAUUUUGGUGUUGGUGCUGGGUUUUAUCUUAAUGCUACUGUGGAGAAGUGGAAGAACUGGCGGAUGUAUGAUUACGUAGUAAAGGAACUUCCGAAGCUACUUAGUGAUAACUUCCCACAGCUUGAUACGUCACGCGCAUCCAUAAGCGGUCACUCCAUGGGUGGACAUGGGGCACUUACAAUCUAUCUGAAAAACCUUGACAAAUACAAGUCGGUGUCAGCAUUUGCACCUAUUGUUAAUCCUAUUAACUGUCCGUGGGGCCAGAAGGCAUUCACAAACUAUUUGGGUGACGAUAAGUCUGCAUGGGAGGAGUAUGAUGCCACUUGUCUGAUAUCAAAGUUCAAUGAUGUUGCCGCUACAAUCUUGAUUGACCAGGGUGGUGAUGAUAAGUUUUUGCAUGAAAAUCAACUGUUGCCAAGCAAGUUUGACGAGGCAUGUAGGAACGCUAAAGCUCCACUACUGUUGCGCAUGCAGCCCGGUUACGAUCACUCUUACUAUUUCAUAGCUUCGUUCAUAGACGAUCACAUUCGUCACCAUGCUCAAGCUCUUAAUCCGUCGAGGGUGGGGAAUUGCAGAAUUUGAAAUGGAAAGAGUUAAGGAUGCUGCUUGGGUUCGCCUUUUAACUGCCGUCUCUUGUGUUUAUUCAUGUGCCCGUUAUGUCUGAAAUCCCAAAUUGAGGAAUAAUUGGUGAUGGUACAUAUUGUUUGAUUAGUUCUGUUUGUUCAUGAA